AUGGAUGGAUGGGACAAGCCUGUAGGGGCCAUGAUGUCCGAAGACAAUGGCAGCACCCCCACAUCAGCUCUGGUCAACCAGUCGUGUGUGGACCGGAAGUACUAUAUGGUUCUGGUUGAGGCGGAGAAGACAGCCAUCGGCUCCAUCUGUUUCCUGGCCGGACCCUUCACUUUCCUGGAGAAUGCGUUGGUCCUGGGUGUGAUCGCCGCCACCGCCAACCUGCGACGGCGUCCCUCCUACCUCUUCAUCGGCAGCCUGGCCCUGGCCGACGUCUUUGCCAGCUGCUUCUUCACCACCAGCUUCCUGGACUUCCACCUGUUCCACCGCCUUGAUGGGCCCAACGCCUACCUCUUCAAGCUGGGCGGGGUGACGAUGGCUUUCACCGGCUCGGUGGGUAGUCUUCUGUUGACUGCUCUGGACCGCUAUCUGUGUAUACAUCAGGCGGCGAGUUAUAAAGUGGUGUUAACGCGCCGCAGGGCCCUGUUUGCUCUCCUUGCCCUGUGGAGCACCACCAUCCUCAUCUCCUUCCUCGCUCUGAUGGGCUGGAGGUGCCCCACAGGGCUCUGCCCGCCCUGCUCGCGCCUCUUCCCAUACAUCGACCACCGCUACCUGGCCUGCUGGGCCAGCUUCAUCCUGGUGCUGCUGUCACUCAUCCUGAGCGCCUACGCCCUGAUCCUGUGGAGGGCCAAUCGGCAUGAGGCCUCCAUGACGGGCCUCCAGGGAGCGCCUACCCGUGGUCAGGCCCGCAUGCGGCUGGACAUUCGGUUGGCACGUACCCUGGGCCUGAUUCUGCUUAUCAUGGUGGGCUGUUGGCUGCCGACCCUCUCCUUCAUGCUGGCAGAUGUCUCGGUGCAGCUCACACACGUCCAGCAGAGGGCCUUUGCUUUCUGCAGCACCAUGUGCCUGGUCAACUCAGCCGUCAACCCACUGCUGUAUGCCCUGCGCUGCCGGGAGCUGAGGUUGGCACUGAUGCGGCUGUUGGGGGGCCUGAGUGAGGGGCUGGGGUGCUGCCAGAGGCACGUAGGGGAAGACACGACCACUACCCUUCCCUUAGGCGACAGCAACAGCUGUAGCGCGCACUCCGAGAGUGAGGCGCCCAGACUCGUUAGCUGCCGACCGAACACAGUCUCAGAAAUGGUUGGCAAGCAGCAGCUGGACAUGACUGGAAAAUGAGAAGGGUUG